UACCUUUCCAAGUUGUUUGGUCAGAAGAAAAAUGAGCACUCAACUGCAUCAACUAACAGUUCUGCUAGGCCAUUCUUGAGCAAAGCUCAACAAAGAAGAAGUGACACAGAACACUCAAGCAAAGACUCCAGUAAUAUUCCAUCCUCCCUCAAUGGCUACGUGUAUGACCCUAGCUACUAUGUCAAUGGUAAUGGCAAAGUUCAUUCUCCAUUUCUGGGCAGUAGUCCUAGUGACUGCACACGUGCUGCAGCAGACGGCAGUUAUGAAGUUGUGGAAGACAUGGCUGUGGACCUGUCCCUGUACAUGGACUGUUCAGUUGUUGAUUCAGAGUUCCUUUCUGAGUACUGUCAGCACAACAUGCAG